AUGAGCGACACGGAAGACGAUCGACCGAUUGCAACCAUUGAAGGAUGGGAAGAUGGUGAACCUUACAAGAGACCCGUUACCAAAUUGGAUCGUUGGGAGCUGCAAUCGGCCGAUCGAUUGACGUUUCAUUUCGAGUCGAACCAAGUUUCGCUUGUGCAAGAUCCCCAUUCGAACCAUUUGGGUGGCUAUAUUUGGUUGACGGCCAUUGUAUUUUGUACCUAUCUGGAAUCACUUGCAGCCAAGCGUACGAUCAAACGAGGGAGUUGGAUACAUAUCGAUCGAUCGAAGCGAUGGGUGGAAUUGGGUAGUGGUGUUGGAUUGAUUGGGAUCAUGCUCGCCAAACUCGGCAUUGAAAAUGUCGUCAUUACCGAUAUCCCUGAAUUGGUGGAAACCAUGGAGCGCAAUGUGGAGGCCAAUGGAUUACGUGUCAAGUCAUUGAGUGGAUGGAAAAAGAAUGAUGCGCAAGAGGAUCGAUCGGUUGUUGUGGAACCCUUAUUGUGGAAUGAUGCUGAAGCCAUUGCUCAUGUCAAGGCUGCUGGUGAAAUUGAUUAUGUCGUUGCCUGUGAUUGUAUCUAUUCGGAAGCCAGCGCCAUUGAUCUUGUAUUGACCAUGGAUGCACUUGCCGGCGAGUCGACAUCGGUCAUUUGUGUAAGCGAGGUGAGGAACGAAGCUGCCCAAGAAAAAUUCAUGCAAGAAGCCCAGCUACGAUUUCACGUGGAAUUACUAUCACCCCAUCUCUGGCAGGAUAAAGCAAGUAAAGUAGCAUUCAAUGAGACCCUCAAAAUGUAUCGAUUGCGUAAAUCAAGUAAACAUAAACGUGGUAGGCAUUCAUCCAAACAAUAA